AUGCAUUGCAAUAUUGAAGAAAUGAAGUGCAUCUGCUUUCUGGUGUUUCUUGCUAUUUUUGGCAUUGCUGAGCUCAAUGCAGCAGAAGGAGCUGGUGAAUGUGGGAGAUCAUCCCCUGACAGUGAAGCCUGGAAGUUGGCUCCUUGUGUAAUGGCAGCACAAGAUUCGAAUGCUCAAGUGUCUGACAGUUGCUGCCAACAGGUGAGGAAAAUAGGCCAGAAUCCAAGAUGCCUCUGCGCUGUUAUGCUUUCUAACACAGCUAAGAGUUCUGGAAUCCAGCCAGAAGUUGCUGUGACCAUUCCUAAACGCUGCAACAUUGCUGAUCGUCCCGUGGGUUACAAAUGUGGAGAUUACAUUCUGCCUUGAGCAUGAAGGCACAAGUCAUGAUUCCUGGUGAUGUAUUUGAAUGAUAAGUAAAAGAUUGUGUUCG